AUGUUGGAAGAAAUAAUCGGUUGUUUUUUGUCAUUGUUUUCUGCAUUAACUUUGGAUCCGCCACGACUUUCUCGAGAACUGAACGACAAUACAAGUCCAUCGAACCAACGAACACGCUACACAUGGGAGGAUAUAAUUCACAGAGAAUACGUCUCGUUUGAAGAAGAUAAUCUACCAUCAGAAACAGAGUAUGUACAGCUAGGGUAUGAACUGCGAAACAAGCCUACUUUUACCCAGUCAUUACUUAGAAGUUUGAAGGCGAACUUUACCAUAACCUUAGCUGUACUGCCUUUGGCACUUAUAGGGAUGGCUCUUAUAUAUUUUGAUCUGAGAACAGUUGAUUUAUGUUCUGAAUGGGAGGAUAAAAGCUACACUUUUUCAUUUGAUGUUAGAAGAAUAAGAUUAAUUGGCAAAGUAUUUCAGAAAGUGAUAUUGUAUCUCUCGUUUCCCUUGUCUUUGAUUGUUUUAUUUGGUUGGAGCGAAUUUAAGCGUCAUUAUUCUUCAACUAUCUUAGUAGGCCAACUGGCUGGUUUAUUUAAUACAUUAUAUUUAACUUUUUUACUCCUAUAUGGUAUUCAUGAUACCCGUCCGAUCAAAAGUCACGACGUUCCAGCAAUCUUAACAUUUGCUGUCGCUACUCUCUGGGAAUCUGCAAUCGUGAUGCGCAAUAUUCGACAAAAUUACCGAACUGUAUCCUAUUCAGGUCGCCACAUUUUCUCGGUUCUUGGAGUACCGGUAUUGAGCACCUUGGUAAUGGCAGUGUUUUACAAAUACGCCGUUGUUAAGUGGUUUAAUUCCCUCCGCUAUAAUGUGUUGUAUAAAUUCAUAUUGGCCAUCUUGAUACCGACCUUAGCAUUGGUGCCGACUACCAUAUGUAGGCAUAUGGCAUUAUGGCGUACUUCAGAGAUUAUCGAGCCAGAACGAAGCUUUGCGUUGGUUUAUUUCAUACGGGCAAUGUUCAUUACUUUGUAUCGUAUCAUGCAAUCAGACUUUAAGAAUAUCUGUCUGUUUGUCGGGCUCUCUUUUCUAUCUGGUGUAUCAAGUUUACUUAAAACAGCGACUGUCGGUAUUCGUGAGAAAGUAUGGGCGCGAGUUAUCAGGUUUCUGAACAGAACAUGCUGUACAAGACUUCACCAUUUGCCUGGAAACACACCACAUCAUAGGCGGCUUAAAGCAGACACCGAGAUACAAAAUAUACUUUUUGAGAACAUUUCACUGAUUCUGAGCCAAUCCUACAUCGUUUUAUAUACGAUUACAAAUUUCCAGCUCUCUGAUUGGUCUGUCCUGAAGUCAUCUUUAACGAGAAUUGCUAUUGGAUUAGUGAUUGAAUUUGUGUUCAACUUUUUGUCUACUUUUGUUCGCAUACAUUGGCAUAAUAUUCCCAUAACGCGAGUGUAUUCGAAGUACUGGAAACGACAUGUGUUUGCUAACAUUAUCGUUGUUGCAGUUUUAGUAUGCUACUUUACUAACCCGUUGAUCGCAAUAUUUCAAAAUCGUUUUCAUGAUUCUGUUGCAGGGAAUUAUACUAUUAGAAAUUGUACUCUGCCUUAUGAAAACUGGCGUUGAUUUCAUAAACCGUAGUUUGCAAAUGUGUGGUGUGAUCUCUCUUACUUCUCUGUUAUGGAAAUUUCCUAUUAUUUUUAUGCUAUCUUUCCUAUUAUGACUUUAAUGUUAUCAUAGUUUUAUUGGAUGAGGUUAAGUCGAAUUGGGCAAUUGUUUUAUUAUUGAUUCCGUGACAGUAACAUAUAAAACAAACAAAAAUUAAAAACAAAUGAAAAUCCGUUACAUUAUUAACUUUAUAAAAUUUCCCGCCAAUUUGUAAUAAAGCUACUGUUUCGGUUGAAAAUAGUGCAGGCACGUAGAAAUGCCUAUAAACUUAUCUGUAGGCUUUUAGCCAAUAAAAAAACAAAACAAGACAGUACAAUGAAUAAUAAUCAUAGUAAUGUUACUGCAUAAUAAUUUUUAAAGACUUUAGGUUUAGCACUAUGAACAUGCAUGUGAAUUUUAACUUUUCAACGUAAUCUUGAAAUGUAUGAAUUUUAUUGUAACACUCACGGCACCUAUCAAUACCAG